AUGGAGGUUGAGGCAAUGAAAUCGGGGCCUCGCCCUUGUCUUCUUCGCCGGAGACUGCAAAUGAUGGGAAUUCUAUCGAUAAAGAAGAGGCAUAGGCAUCGCCUCUCGAUCCAAUCCGUCUCCCCUGGCCUCCCCAACACACUCUUGAUACGAAAAAAACCUCCCACCAUAGAGAAGAGAUCUAAAGUCUGGGUCCCGCUGAUCACCCUUUCCUUUGAACCUGAACUGGUCGAGAGAGAUGAACCCGCACCACAUUUUCUAACCUUCGAACCGAAACCCCAACUAGAGAUGGAAUUCAAGAACCUAAACAACUCAGUUGAGAGCUACGUGACCGUUCAAGGGAGGCGCAGGUGUUCGUCAACGAUGAAAGCCGCUGAACUUAAGAUUCGAGUUGAGAAAGAGUGCCCAGGAGAGGAGGGCUUCGGGGACUGGGGAAGACGAGUGGAUUAUAGAGUGAGGGGCGGAUCGAAGGGGAAGGGCAGAUCCUCUGCAGUAGGAAGGUGUUCGUUGCUGGGACGGGUUCAAACUGGACUGAAGGGAGGAGGAAUUCAAGACUCCGAUCUUACUGGGGAUUCAUCACUGGCUAGGGCUCUCGAAUCAAAGCAUGGGCAUCUGCAACUAAGAGAAGAGGGAACAGUAGAUCGUCGAUUGACGAGCCGGGGGAUAUGCCAACUAGAGCAAGAAGUCCGGAUAAUUAAGUCUCAAAAAGUGGAUUUUGGCUUUUUUGAAUAUAGAGAUUUCGCCCACAAGAGACCAGUACCAGCUCCUAAGCCUAAGCUCUUUAUCUUUAGCCUGCAAGCGCUUCCAAAGUUGUUAGCGUGCGUGGGGUUACCUAAGUCAGUGAAGGAUAGAGAGGGGGAACCAGGCCUAAAGGUAGACGCUGGCAUGAAAGAGCAAAGCAGGCAUGAAUGCAAGAGCUUUUAUGGUUCGGUCAGUGCUGGGCCCUCAGCCGAGAGGAAUGACUUUCGCCUGCUUUAUCUGAAGAUGCGAAUCGAGAAAGUCCUUUCCGGAUCGGAGAUAGCCCCGUUGAGGCGCGCGAGUGAAGGUAGUGAGCUUUCUAGAGGCCUUGUAGCUCGAUUUCAAGUCGGAUCUUGCCCGGCUUUGAAGGACCCACGGGGCGGUAAGAAGCAAGGACCGAUUGGACAGCUUUCAAAGGCUAGAAUAGCUCUAUUUGAACUAGUUGAAAUGGAUCCAUAUCCAUACAAAGCUGAGAAAUUGCAUCCUAUAGUCAAACCAUGGCCAUUUCGUGUAUGGGCAGUGGAUCUGAUUGAAGACUCUGGGGAUUUCCAGUGUCUUCGAGGGCCUAAUCCCCUACUUGAGACGAUGAAGGAAGCACUUCGGCAUCGGCAGCGGUAG